ACAAAAGGGAUAUUUCUUCCAGAGGCUCCAACAAUGCGGGCGUCUGUGGUGCUGUUGGUGUUUCUGGCUGUUGCUUCACACACUGUGGCAAAGCCUAGAAAUCGCUUCACUCGUUAUCCAUCAUGGAACAAUAAGAUGUACCCAGUCUGGAAGGACGGAGACCCCCGAUACAAAGACUCCUGGAAAGGUGGAAGAGUGACUUUUAAUGUUGGGAACGAUUCACCGACACUGACUGCAGCUAAAGUCACUUUCACAAUCGACCUGGAGUUCCCACACAACCAGAAGGUGCAGCCUGAUGGAGACGUCGUCUGGGCCGAAGACUGCAUAAUCAACGGAACAAAGUACCGUGAGUCUGAGCCGGUGUACCCGGGUCAGAGCUCAGACUGGGAGGCUGUGUUUCCUGACGGGACUGCCUUUAAGAAGGACAAGAAGCCGGCCUAUGUGUUCGUCUGGAAGACCUGGGGUCAGUACUGGCAGGUGGCGGACGGCGCCUCUUCCUCCCUCACCAUCGACACAGACGGCAUCCCGCUGGGCUCCUACACCAUGGACAUCGUGAUCUACCACUACCGCAGCAAGGAGAAGUUCAUCCCUCUGGGGUACGCCUCCACCCAGUUCUCCAUCACCGAUCAAAUCCCCUUCGCCGUCUCCCUGGACCAAGUGAACGACAUCGUGGCCGGAGACUUGCGCUUCAUCCAGAACCGAGCGAUCGCCUUCACCAUCGCCCUGCACGACCCCAGCCAGUACCUGGGCACCGCCGACAUCACCUUCAACUGGGACUUCGGGGACGAGAGCGGAGCCCUGAUCUCCAGAGAGCUCACCGUCACUCACACCUACAUCAGCUCCGGAUCCUUCAAACCUCAGGUGGUCAUCCAGGCCGUCAUCCCGGACAAGGCCUGCGACCCACCAGCAGAUCCAACCAAGGCCCCUGUUCCCCCCACCCACCUGGGCACCACAGUGAAAGCUCCUGCGCUGGUGUCUGCUGUCCCCAUACUGAUUUCCACUAAGGCUACCGGUCUGGCUCUGAACCUGGUUCCUUCAGACACAGAGGAGGACAACACUGAGGACGAGGCCUCCAGCACCUCCAACACUCAGGACGCACCAUCGGUGGCAAAGACUUCCUCCUCUUCCUCCAACCGUGACGCUCCGGCUGAAACAGCAGGUGCAAAGCGACCAGUGACCCUGACAGGCAAAGCUACCGUGGUGGUUGUUGCUAAGAGAGAAGCUGAUGAUAAACCCGACGAUGACUGUGUAAUUUAUCGCUAUGGUUCCUUUUGCACAGGCAUCGAAGUGUUUGAGGCCAUUGAAAAAGUAGAAAUUGUACAAAUGGACAACUCUGUGAUGGCAACACCUAACUCGAAGAGAAAUGUAUUGGACAUCACUGUUACCUGCCAGGGAAGCCUUCCAAAAGAGGUGUGCAGCGUGAUUCUGGACGCAGAUUGCUUGAAGCCGAUUCACACGGAGUGCAACCUGGUGGAGCCCUCUAAAGAGUGCCAGCUGGUGUUGCGCCACUUCUUCAAUGACUCUGGUGUCUACUGCAUCAACGUGUCCAUGGCCAAUGACGUCAGUCUAGCUGUCACCAGUGCUAAAGUCAAUGUAGACAUAGCUUCAGGGCUGUCGUCUCCUGGCACCAUCACCAUGGUGUUGGGUUUCCUGGUACUCGUUGUAGCGCUAGGAAUAGUGGCAUACUCCUACAAGCGCUUUAAGUCCUACCGCCCUCUGAAGGAGGACCUGAUUGUGUCUUCAGGACCGCAGGUCUGCCGGGCUCACGGCGGCUCUGGAUCCUCUAUGUUUUCGAAGCUUCUGAAUAGACGGGGAGCCGCUGACGACUGCCCUCUGCUGCAGGACCGGCCCGUGUGAACCAGCCUCACAUCCCCAAAUACUGAGAAACUUGUGAACCGCAAGUUUUCUGACCUGAGAUGUCUUUUUAUACUUUUUUUUUUUUUACAUGUUUUCUAAAUAAACAUUACAACAAAGUGUGUAAUAUUUAGGAGUUUCGAUCAACACUUUCUUGUUAUUUACUACUAGACAUGCUCUGAUCUUUUGUACGUACAAGUUUACAAGUACAAAUUGUAUACUUUCAUUCGGACAAAAAACUAAAUUUGAAUGUUUAAAUAAACUUUG